GGUGAAGACAAAGCUCCCAGAAGGACACUUUGAUGUUCUCCAUCCAGGACAGCCUCCCCCGGGGGGCCCUGACCAUGAAGGAGGAGCCGCUCCCCACCGGCAUGACCCCGGUCCGUUCCUGGAUGCAGGGCGCAGGGAUUUUGGACGCGAACACAGCGGCCCAGAGUGGAGUGGGUUUAGCCCGAGCUCACUUUGAGAAGCAGCCUCCAUCCAACCUGAGGAAGUCCAACUUCUUUCACUUCGUGCUGGCGCUGUACGACCGCCAGGGUCAGCCGGUGGAGAUCGAGAGGACGUCCUACGUCGACUUUGUGGAGAAAGACAAGGAGUACAACGGAGAGAAGACCAACAACGGGAUCCACUACAGGCUACAGCUGCUCUACAGCAACGGCAUCAGGACAGAACAGGAUCUCUAUGUUCGGCUGAUAGACUCCAUGACCAAACAGCCGAUCCUGUACGAAGGUCAGGACAAGAACCCGGAGAUGUGCCGUGUCCUCCUCACCCACGAGAUCAUGUGCAGUCGGUGUUGUGACAAGAAGAGCUGCGGGAACCGCAACGAGACGCCCUCCGACCCCGUCAUCAUCGACAGAUUCUUCCUGAAGUUCUUCCUCAAGUGCAACCAGAACUGUCUGAAAAACGCAGGAAACCCUCGAGACAUGAGGAGGUUUCAGGUGGUGGUUUCCACUACAGUCAACGUGGACGGUCACGUCCUGGCCGUGUCAGACAACAUGUUCGUGCACAACAACUCCAAACAUGGCCGCCGCGCCCGACGCCUGGACCCCUCUGAAGGAACCUUCAUCAAAUCAGCACUUAAACAUUCAUCCACGCCCUGCAUCAAAGCCAUCAGUCCGAGCGAGGGCUGGACGACCGGCGGAGCCACAGUCAUCCUCAUAGGGGACAACUUCUUCGACGGCCUGCAGGUCGUCUUCGGCACCAUGCUGGUCUGGAGCGAGCUCAUCACCCCUCACGCCAUCCGGGUCCAGACUCCCCCUCGUCACAUCCCCGGGGUCGUGGAAGUCACGCUGUCCUACAAGUCCAAACAGUUCUGCAAAGGAGCUCCGGGACGCUUCGUCUACACCGCCUUGAACGAGCCGACCAUCGACUACGGCUUCCAGAGGUUACAGAAGGUCAUCCCUCGCCACCCCGGGGACCCCGAGAGGUUACCUAAGGAGGUGCUGUUGAAGCGAGCCGCUGACCUGGUUGAAGCUCUGUACGGGAUGCCACACAACAACCAGGAGAUCAUCCUGAAGCGAGCAGCCGACCUCACCGAGGCGCUCUACAGCGUCCCCCGCAGUCACAACCAGCUGCCGUCUCUCACCGGCUCGGCCGCUCACUCGGGGAUGAUGGGAGUGAACUCGUUCAGCAGUCAGCUCGCCGUCAACAUCUCCGAGGCCUCGCAGGCCGACCAGGGUUACUCCCGCAACUCGAACAGCGUGUCUCCUCGCGGCUACGUGCCGAGCUCCACGCCUCAGCAGUCCAACUACAACACCAUCACGUCCACCAUGAACGGAUACGGAGCCGCGGGUAUGACCAACCUGGGCGUACCAGGAUCCCCCAGCUUCCUCAACGGCUCCACCGCCAACUCUGCUUACGCAAUUGUUCACCCUCCUCCCUUCACUCCCUCGCCUUCCUCACCUCCUCCUCCUCUUCUUCCUCCCAUAGGCCCUUAUUCAUUCUCUCCUGUCCAUAUGGUUUCUGCAGUCAAACAGAAGAGCGCCUUCGCCCCUGUUGUGCGGCCACAGACCUCCCCGCCCCCCACCUGCACCACCACCAAUGGCAGCAACCUCCAGGCCAUGGCAGGUCUCAUCGUGCCCCCCAUGUGAGGAGGAGUCUCAGCCAGAUACCGUCAGAGCCCCCCAUACCCCAGUGUCGACGGCCCCACCCACCUGAAACACCACAACAACAACAACAGCAGAGAAUGAUCCUUCCCAUCAUCCCUCAGUCCGGCCGACCCCGUCUGACCCCGGACUGACCACCGGAGGAGAAACUCAAAUCAGACAAUGACAUCAUCACGCUCAUCUUUUUUCUGAUGAAGCCUCUGCAGACGUCGGCUCGGACCUUUCAGAGGAA